CGGCUUCAGCGUUUCUCUUCAAUUAGAAGCGUUUUGUGCAGCAUUUAGUGCAAAUGUCAGUAUCUUCAACGGCGCCUGCCAUGAAGUGCCGUGUCCUUAAAAGGAAUAGGAUUUUGGGUGCAGGAGCAAGGCGUGUGGACCAACUCCGCUUCACUUCUGUAACCGCCCCCGUUUUCCCGCUUUCCGCAUGUCUCCUAUUGAAAAAGAACUAAACACUUGCGGUUGCCGCGUACCGUGUGAAACGGCCUUCAGUUAUACGUUACAUUAACGUACAUCGUGGUGCCAAUAGUUUACUGCGCUCGUGCGUUUCGAUUUAACUAAAACAAGGAAUCACAUUAUUACAGAGUGGCCUCGAAUUAAUUAAAAUGAUUUACCGAAUUUAUUAAAACGGUCUUUCACAAAGCCUAUAAUAUACUGUAUACAUCGCGUCGUUUUAAAACAUAUAUACGGUGCAGUCUACGGUCACGUCUGCAACGUGAUCCUCCACAUCUGUAAAUUGUGAUAUUACAACGUGCAUCCCUCCAUACAGCUGUUUUUUUUUACAACGAUUUACAAUGGCAAAUGCUUUUGCAUGUUCCAGGUGAAAUGUUGGUCCAGAUCAAGUACAAGCAACAGCAGAAGUAUGUGAAGCUGGAUUCCAUUGAAGGGAGAUUUGACUUUAUGCAAUUUCACGCUAAAGUCAUUGAGAGAUUUUACUUGCCACCUGAUGCAAAAGUUACAUACAAGGAUGCAACAGGGACCGAAGUUGAUGCAGAAAUAUUCAGCGAUCUCAUUGGACAAGGCAAUGUGGUGCUGACUGUUUUCUCAAAUGAUGAAUAUUCAGACUCUUUGUCUUCCAUAUCUGAGACGUCUGACAGUAGCAACUGUUCAAGUGCAUCAACUGUAAUCUUAGAUGAGGUCCCUAACAAGAGACAAAGAAAAGAGGACACAUCUGCACUGUCUGCAAAACAGUUGGUCGAGGAUGUUCUAAAGUUGAAGUCUGGUGGUGAAGCAGUAUUACAGGAGUAUCAAGAAACGGAAACCCUUACAGGUGCCGCAAGACGGCAAAUGAUCAACAUACUGGUGGCUCACAUGAUUGAUACACAUGGGCAACUCCCUACUAAAGCUAUCAGAGAACAGUACGCUCUUGGCAUAGUGAUGCUGUUCCCUUCCCUCAGAGAUCCAUAUUCCAAGAAAGGCUAUGAACACUUUUUUGAUGCUGCAAGCAACACAGGAUACAUUGCUUGGCGUAUGAAAACAGUCCACAGAAAGAUUAGACGAGGAUCUUUGCCACUAGACAACCUUCAUGAUGUUUCUCCAGGAGGCCCAAAAUGCCAAAGGGCUACUAAUUGUGAAGGACAACUUGAUGGGGAUGCUUGCAAAGAGGCAAUUUCUUUGCUCAGCCAUACCACAGAGAAGUCUCUAAUAUUCCAAAAGAUGAGAGAGACAUUUCAGUAUCGCCAAAAGCUUGUUAAAGAUUCAGGCUCUAGUGUUGAUAUCCUCUCCACCUUCUCAAGAUUCCUAGAUACAAAGGGCCUGGUUGAUCAAGACUUCACUCUCCUGUUUGACACCGAGACAUCCUCCAGGCUACUUCAGAAGUGGGACACGUUCUUCAGGCCAAAUGUCAUUAAAGAAGCCAAGCAACUUACUUCAACAGCAGACCUGAGUCAGUUGUUGCUCUCAGCAGAAUGGCCUAACAGUAGUGACCUUCAUGAAACAAUCUACGAUCAGGAAAUGGCAUCCCUUCUUCUACUGAUUCAUCUCCUUCCACCAUCACCAGGAGGACUGAAGUCUCCAAGAAUCAGUGCAUGUGAUGCUGCUAAAAGACUUGUAGUCUUUCAUAAGUCAUGCUGCAGUUUGGAGGAGCACCUCAACAACAACCAGCGUCAGCAUCCGUACCUCCUUGCUGUUGGACGCCAGAAAAGCAAGAUUGAGUGCUUCUACAUCGUCUUGGAUAAGCAUCUCAUCCCAUGCCAGGCAAACCGCUCCCUUGGAGCUUUUGAUUAACUUUU